CGUGAAUCUAGUAACGUUGGCCACUACCCAUACUAGUACACGUUGUUAUGCUGUGUAUACGCAUGUGGUGAGCGGGCACAAACUUCCCUGCUGCUGUCGCUCACGGCUACCUCCAAAGCUUCUGCUCAUCUUAGUUGUGCCCGUCAAAAUAUCGCCCAUGUCUGCACCGUUGACAACAAUUAGCUGCAAGUGCUGAUUGCUGCUGGUUGGCUCAGUCCAGAAUCAGGCCUCACAAAUGCGAUGAGCGUAGCUGAAAGCAUCACUGCCAAAAUGGCAUGCCAUGCCCCUUCAAAGAUCGGUGGUCAGGUCGAGGUUGGCAUGCAGUGCAGCUUGUCUCUUGCUGACAAGUCUGUUGGGUGCUCGUUCAAACCAGGGAGCGAGUCUAGGAGUGUGCAGACUAUGGAGGCUGUGGAGCAGUUAAGCUCCACCUCAGCAUGCUUACUAGAGAGUGACAGCAUUGGGCAACGUGGUGUCAGCCUGUCUUGACAUAAAACAAAGUUCUGGCUCAUUCAGGGAAUUUCGCAAAGGUGCUCAGGGAAAACCUGGAAAACUCAGGGAAUUUGGAAAUGUCAAAUGGUAGACACCCUGUGAAUCUCCCUUCUCUCCUGCACGCAUCGAGGCCUUCAAUUUCUGCAUCAACUGCCAAAUGUGACAACUCAAAGCAAGGAUGCAUCCACCGAUGUCAGCUAUGUGACUAUGUGGCUGAUGAACUAUUUCUUCUGGAAGCACAUGCCAGCAUCCAUACUGGCAAGAAGCCAUUGCGUUGCCCUACAUGCUCUCGGAGCUUCUCAUACAAGUGUAAUCUGAAUCUCCACUUGCGGACUCACACAGGCGAGAAGCCAUUUGACUGCCCUUCAUGCUCUCGGAGCUUCUCACAAAAGGGCGGCCUGAAAGCCCACCUGCGCACCCACACAGGCGAGAAGCCAUUUGACUGCCCUUCAUGCACUCGGAGCUUCUCACGGAAGAGCAGCCUGAAAGACCACCUGCGCACCCACACAGGCGAGAAGCCAUAUCACUGCCCUUCAUGCUCUCAGCGCUUCCCACGAUAUUCCGGCCUGAGAGUCCACAUGCGCACCCACACAGGCGAGAAGCCAUUUCUUUGCUCUUCAUGCACUCGGAGCUUCUCAUCGAAGAGCGAACUGAAAGUACACCUGCGCGCCCACACAGGCGAGAAGCCAUAUCAGUGCCCUUCAUGCUCUCUGAGCUUCUCAUCAAAGCCCCACCUGAAAAGCCACAUGCGUACCCACACAGGCGAGAAGCCAUUUGACUGCCCUUCAUGCUCUCAGAGCUUCUCACAAAAGGGCACCCUGAAAGCCCACCUGCGCACCCACACUGGCGAGAAGCCAUUUGACUGCCCUUCAUGCACUCGGAGCUUCUCACUAAAGGGCACCCUGGAAGCCCACCUGCGCACCCACACAGGCGAGAAGCCAUUUGACUGCCCUUCAUGCUCUCAGAGCUUCUCACAAAAGGGCAGCCUGAAAUCCCACCUGCGCACCCACACAGGCGAGAAGCCAUUUCACUGCCCUUCAUGCACUCGGAGCUUCUCACGGAAGAGCGGCCUGAAUGCCCACCUGUGCACCCACACAGGCGAGAAGCCAUAUCAGUGCCCUUCAUGCUCUUAGAGCUUCUCAAUCAAGGGUCACCUGAAAGCCCACCUGCAUCCACAGGCGAGAAGCCAUAUCAGUGACUUUCAUGCUUUCAGAGAUUCUCACAAAAGGGCAACCUUAGGAAACACAUGAGGCGAGAAGCCAUUUCAUUGCCUACUCUGCCUUCAGUGAUUCUCGUUGAAGAAUGCCCUGAAGAUGCACUGGUGCAUUCAUACAAGUGACCGGCCAUAUAGUUGCAUUGCCUGCUUCAGGUCCUCAUCACUUGAACAGACUUGGAGAGCACAGCACCAUGAUUCAAUUCAAUUCACUUUAUUUUCAACACCUCAACGUUGAGGACCGCGAACAAAAAGCCUUUUAUGGCUUGACAAGUCCGCAGCCCUUUUUAACAAGCAGUGACAGAGCAUAGGGUUAGGUAUUACAUAUUAAGCUAGAAUUGCCUAAGUCCCAAUAACACGACUGUCAGACAUAAUGCAUAUAUAUAAUAUAUACAUACAUAUAUGUGUAAAAUGAAUUCAAGUGAAACACAAUGUAUACUCACGUACAAUUGAAACCGAAAGAGUUAACGCUAAUUACUAAUGCACAUUAUACAUAUAUGAAAACAAAUGUGUCACACAAAACAUACUGCAAUACACAGUUCGGCAAAUACACUGUUGCAAAAACAAUUUCUUCCAUUUUUCCAUACUGUAGGGUAGUUUAACAAUCUUGUCGAACUAGAGUCUGAAUUAAAAAUCUACAUUCGUGUAGCAUGUUACAUAGUGUUCUACUGCAUCAGGUAGCACAAGUGUCUCCACAUGCUCCUGAGAGCAAGCUUUAACUCGGGCCCAACUUAAGUUGAAUGCAGCAUCCAGUAGCAUUAGCAAUAUUCGAACACCAAGGCUCAGUGUCGAGCUUUGUGUGGGUGUCUUCGAUCCACAUACACAGCUGUGCACACAGGUGUGUCGGUGUCUUCGGGGAAGCCAUGGCCCUUGUAGUAUGGUAAGCAUGGCAUAAAGCAGUUCACCUCCUGCAGUGCCACGACGACGGGUCUGAGACUGUUAUGCGACAGGCCCCAACAUAAAAUCAUGUCUGCUUUUUUUUUUUUGAGGGAGCGACAGUUCCACUGAAUCACUCUCAGGACUGCUCCCGCCACAUCCCGACCAUGACCGCAAACAUUAACUGGAGGGAUUAGCAUAGCCAUGUUGUGUGUGAGCCAUCUGCGUCGGAGCUAUCUGUACAGACAGCAAAAACGCCAUAUUAACUCAUGCGGCCGGGGUAAGACCUCCGAAGGAGAGCGUUCUAUUGUGCAUUAGGCACUCCAUGAUUGUGCGAACGCAUGUUUUGAUAACUCGUUCUAUCAUCGUUUGUACCCUUGACAUGAUGUUGUGUUCAAUUUGUGCCAGGUGUGCAGAGAAGGUGGCUUCGUAAUAAAGAUGAAUGUAUGGUU